AUUUUAAAUAAAUAAACAUUUCCUUUGCAAUAUAUAUUUUGUCCACCCUCUCUCUUUAUUUCUCUAAUUAGUUGCAACACCAAAAAUGUGCGGCGGAGCAGUGAUUUCCGAUGCCGAACCCAUAUUCAACCGCAACCGAAAGCUGACGGCUGAUGAUCUCUGGUUUGAGUUCGACACCGAUGAUAUCUUUGCUUGGGAUUUCAAACCACAAACACUGUCGGGUUCCCAAACUACUUCAAAACACACCAAGUUCAUCAACAAUAAAGGAAAAAAAAAAAAAAGAGUCGAGUGCAAAACCGGGCUAAACAUACGAGAACUAAUUAAAAUUGUAGGGCCAGUUGAAAAGAGUUGGGAACCAACUGAGAAGAAGGCUAAACCAAGGAAGAACAAAUUUAGAGGGAUCAGACAGCGACCAUGGGGUAAAUGGGCCGCUGAAAUCCGGGACCCGCAUAAAGGUGUUCGGGUUUGGCUUGGUACAUUCAAUACAGCCGAAGAAGCAGCCCGAGCAUAUGAUGAAGCCGCUAAGCGUAUCCGUGGCGAUAAAGCUAAGCUAAAUUUUCCUCGGCCUACUAAGAAGCUGCCAAUCAAGACAUCAAGCGAGUCAAAUGAGCCUGUCAUGAACACACCGCAAUCGCCCCAUGCGUUGAUGACUUUUGAAUACGCCCAAAACCAAUCUUGCUACUCAAACAGUAGUGUGACUCAUGAUGAGUACGAGUUCAAGGAACAGAUAUCAAACCUCGAGACGUUCUUAGGCCUUGAUCACGAGUCGACUCAGUUUGGUGGGCUCGGUGGCGAGUUGAGUCAUCUUUGGAUGAUGGAUGACUUCCCAGGUACCAUAUGAUCACCUACGUACCGAGUCGAGUGAGUGAACCGGUGACUCAGUGAUAGCCUGGCCAGUAUUGUUCUAUACUAAAAAAGGGGAGUAGUGUUUUCUGGAGUGGUAAUGAGAAACAGAAUGUAAUGGCGACGAAUUUUACAAUAAGUUGUGUUGUUCACAACACAUACUGUAUAAUUGUGUGUUAUGAAGACUGUUUAUUAUGGUUUGUAUUUUUUACUA